AUGUUAAAGCUCCUCUUUGGACUAGCAGUGCUCCUACAAGUGGAUGGGAAUUCCUGCUCACAUCUUCCGCUUGGUAAAAUCUUCGGAGGAAAAACAGGGGAGGUAAAAAAGCAUUCCUUUCUUGUCAAUCUUCGACGUGGUGGCCAGUUCCGCUGUGGUGGCGUGAUAAUCUCGCCCAGCUGCGUUCUCACAGCGGCUCAUUGCUUGGAGGGAAGGCAUCAGGAUGUGCGGGAUUUAACAAUCCAUGCCCAACAACAGUGUCUAGGUGAUGAAUCGCCUCCCGAGCAUGUGCGUCCAGCCUGGUAUGUUGGCUUAGCUCCAAACUACUGCUCCCAGCGCGGAUUGGACUCCGAUGUGGCUGUGAUCCGAAUGACUCGCCCCUUUGACAUCGCCGGCAAUGCGAGUCUGGUGGGGAUUGACUUCAACGAUCUGCCCAGACAGGCCAAUCUCACGGUGUUGGGUUGGGGUGCCACCAGCGAGCAGGGUCACAACUGGAAUCAGUGCCUGCAGGAGGCGAAAGUGCAGCUCGUCUCGCAGAGGCAGUGCAUCCAAUCCAUGGACUCGGCUCAGCAACGAGUUACGAACAAUAUGUUUUGUGCUCUGGGUGAGGAGGCCAAAGAUGCCUGCAAAGGUGACUCCGGAGGUCCCAUCAUUUACUCCGGCCGCCCGGUGGGCAUCGUUUCCUGGGGCUAUGGCUGCGGCAGUGGUUAUCCAGGUGUCUACACCCGGCUCAGCAGUCCAUCCAUUACGUACUGGUUGAAGAACUUCAUCCAGCGACAUUGCUGGUGA